AUGCUUCUACUAAAAAGUUUGAAAAAUGUUGUUAAACCCUAACCUCUACCUUAAAUACCUGAGCAUCCUGCAGAAACUGUCCUACCUCGAGAACCUGAACAUCCUGCACCGUGUGAGCAACCUGGUCAUCCUAAAGAAUACCCUAUUGCUCUAUUAAUUGGAGAAGCUCGUGUUGGUAAAACAUCAUUUUAUAAUAAAAUUAAUGAUUCAGAAAUCUUGUAAUAUGAAAUUAUAGAGACAAGUCUUUUGAUUUAAAAAAAGAUUUAGAAUAUAGAGAGAAACAAAUACAAGAAUUUCAAAGUAUAUUUGAUAGUAAACCAAAUAGAGUGGCUACAUUAUUAUUUGUUGUAAAAUUUGAAAGAACUGAUUUAAUGAAAAGAUCUAUAUUGAAUAUUUAUCCUUACUUUAAAAAAUUUUAGAGUUAAAUAAGCCUAGUUGUGACUCAUUUGGAUUUAAGUGAUGAUUAGGAACAAGAUAAAAUUGACCUAUUAAGAGCUUUAAGAAUAUUUAAAGCAAAGUCAAUUUUAUUUGUUGGUAAGGAAACAUCCAAAGAAGAAUUAAUAGCUUAAAUAAGAGCUUCAAAUUGUUUAAUUCCUAUUGAAGAAGGCUAUUAAUUUGAUUUAUCUGAUACAAUAUUUCAAAAGUCUAUAGAGAGUGAUGGAUAUGAAUGGAUGAAUAUUGUAUAACAGAUGACUGUAAGAUUUUGA